ACAUGACAACUGCAGCUCCACUGGGAGGUGAAAAAGACGAAGAUUUGGAGAAGAAGGAUGAAAUGGAUGAUGAUACAAUGUUUACUACACUGGGUGAAGAAGACAAAUCAAAGCCCUCUGUGGCUCCUCGGUGGGCCACUCGAGUAUUUGCCGCAGAUUGUCUGUGUCGAAUUAUCAUGCUCUGUGAACAUGCAAAUAAAGCCCACUUUGAUCUAGCUCUGGCCCGCUCUGCCAAACUUAGAGACCCUAAAAAUGACCUUCUAGUGCUUCAUCUCUCGGAUCUUAUUCGUAUGGCAUUUAUGGCUGCAACUGACCACAGCAACCAGCUGCGAAUGGCUGGUCUCCAAACACUUGAAGACAUUAUCAAGAAAUUUGCAGCAGUUCCUGAACCAGAGUUUCCAGGCCAUGUAAUUCUAGAACAGUAUCAAGCUAAUGUUGGGGCUGCUUUAAGACCGGCUUUCUCCCAGGAUACCCCUUCAGAUAUAACUGCAAAAGCUUGCCAGGUAUGCAGUGCUUGGAUUGGAAGUGGCGUAGUAAGUGACCUUAAUGACCUCCGUCGUGUUCACAACCUUCUUGUCUCUUCUUUGGACAAAGUACAAACCGGAAAAGGGUCUUCCAGCCAGCUGUAUAGGGAGAGUGCCACUACGAUGGAAAAACUGGCAGUCCUCAAAGCCUGGGCAGAGGUAUAUGUUGUAGCUAUGAAGAUUAAAAAAGAAGCAGAGACCAAACCAAAGAAAGCAGCAAAAAAUGGAGGAGAUGAUGAAGAUGACGAUUAUGGCGCAGUAGAUGUGCUGCCACCAGAUAGUCUGAUAACUCUUGUUCAACCAGAGUUGCCCACUCUUAGCCGUCUCUGGUUAGCUGCCCUCAAAGACUAUGCCCUUUUGACAUUACCAGCUGAAUUUGCAAGUCAGCUUCCUCCAGACGGUGGAGCAUUUUACACUCCUGAGACUAUUGAUACAGCUAGACUGCAUUAUCGGAAUUCAUGGACCCCAAUUUUACAUGCAGUUGCACUAUGGCUCAACAGUACAGGGUUUAAUGCCUGUGAAACAACAGGAGAUGCCUCAGCAGCAACACCUCCACAAAAGCAUGCCACACCCAUUAUGUUAAAUCCAGCGUCAGAAACUUCACCUUCCACCAAAACUUUGCAAGAAAUAAAUAAAGAUAGAAUGCAUUUGAUUUUAGGUGUUAGCAUACAGUUUCUAUGUUCUCCUCGACCAGAAGAGCCUGUCGAACAUGUUAUGUCCUGUUUGCAAGCAGUGCACACUUUACUUGAUUCCUCUUGUGCUAGAACCCAUAUUGCAGAAGAUCAGCUACUUGGUGUCGAACUUUUGAGCGUGCUCCAUCGACUCUUGUUGACCUGCAAUCCUCCAUCAGUUCAACUCUUAGUUACAGAAGUUGUGCAACAGAUCAUAAGAGCCGCUCAGGAUCAUUUACAAGAAAAAAGAAAUACAUUGAAUGAAGAAGAUGCAAAAGACAGUAACGGUGGGCUGGGCGAAGGAGGAGACAGCGGUGGUCUUGUGCCAGGAAAAUCUCUUGUAUUUGCUGCUAUGGAACUGCUAAUGUUUAUCCUUGUGCGACACAUGCCACAUCUGAGCACAAAAAUGUCAGAUUCUCCAAGUCAUUCCUUCAACAGAAUCCAGCUCUCAGAAGAAAGUGCUCGUCUUGUGGCUGCCACCGUUGCCAUCCUGUCUGAUCUACCCACUCUUUGUUCCCCAGCUGGAUCUAUGACUAUAUUGCCCACUAUCCUCUUUAUAAUUAUACAAGUGUUGAAAGAUACUGCUGUAAAAACUGUGGGAAAUCAGGUCCUACCACCAGUCGGUGCAGCGCUUCAAGGACUGAAAAACAUAGUAACCCUUCCAAUGACCAUGAGUGAGAAUAUUCAUAAACAGUGGACAAAUCUUAUCCGCAGCACCCUAGCCUCCAUCUUGGAAUACUCUCAGCCAGAAACCUCCAAGCCUACUUUAGAUGAAAUAAGUAUGCUUACUGCCAUCACACUGUUCCUUUGGUCUGCAAGCACUGAAAUAAUUGGAGUGCAAGCAUUGCAAAAUGGCUGCAUUAACAGAUUUAAAACAGCAUUGAAUUCAUCUGAUCCUUGGGUUCAAGCCAAAUGUUACCAUCUUCUACUUUCUAUAUUUCAACACACAAACCGUGCUCUCUCUACCCCAUAUAUACAUUCCCUGGCACCAAUAAUGGUUGAGAAACUGAAAGGUGUGGAGAAAAACCGUCCAAACAACAAAACAGAACUCUUAGCAAUCCAGGAGGGAAUUAAAGUACUUGAAACACUGGUUGCUCUUGGUGAGGAGCAGAAUAGAGUACAAUUGCUUGCUCUUCUUGUCCCUACACUCAUAUCUUAUUUACUGAAUGAAAGUGCAUUCUCUUCUGCAUCCCUGGUAUCAAAAGAACUUCAUGAAUUUGCUCUCCAGGAUCUCACCCGCAUUGGACCCCUUUAUCCUCUUGCAUUUAAGACAGUAAUGGGAGCAGCUCCUGAACUGAAAGCACGACUGGAAACUGCAGUACGAGCAAAUCAGGCAAGCAAAGCAAAGGCAGCUGCCAGGCAACCACCACCCACAGUACAUUCCACGCCAACAAUUAAACUUAAAACUAGCUUUUUCUGAUUCUUGUUGGAACAAUCAUAAAACACUCAUCAAAGAAGACAUCAUUCCUUCUGUGCUGCUGUAUCUCAUUCUCUAUUUUUCAUUGUUUGUCAAUAGGCUCUGCAUUAGCAAUGUAUGUUUCUAGGGAAUUGUUGUAUUAUGGUUUGAAAUCUGCGUAUUUCAAGAAAGAAGAUAUCUGGAUGUAUAUAGAUUUUUUAUGAAAUGGAGUAAAUUGACCAUCUGAAGUUGUGUUAAACUAUCUCCUUUAACAAU